GCACAUUCGGAAUACAUCGACCGUUAAUGUAAAGUCAGUAUGCUAAACUGAAUAUUCUUAAAAAAUGGAAUAUUUGCCCCCGAUACCAAGUUAGCCCGUUUUAAAGAACCCUAAAAACAGGGGAGCUAUGGCUGCUAUUCCAGCAUCCACUCGAUUUCCCUCGCCACCAUUCUCGAUUUCUACCACAGUAGCAGCAACCCAGCAUCGAUUUGGCGCAUUGGGCGACACCACUAAAGCCCGGGUAAGGCUCCGAUGGUCGUCUCCUCCAAAUUGUGUGUCCAAUCCAACCGGGAAGCUCGAUGAUUUCUCGCUCCAAGACGACGACGAACCUCCGAAUUUAAAUCCGGCUCCUCCUCCAACACCCGGGCGAUUCGAGAUCACCAUCGACAAGGAGACUGUUCGUCGCUUGGAUUUGUCGCCGGCUCACGCCCUGCUGAGAAAGUACGUGCAUCGAAUCGGAGACAACGCCACGGAUCCGGCCAGCGAUCCAAACGAGCUGCUGCAAAAGACAGUAGGAUUCGUCAUCAACUACGAGAGGGAUGAUCCUGUCGAUCCGAGAGAGUUGUCCGAAUUACCUGAUCUCAGGCUGUGGUUUCUUCGUCUGGAUGCUGCGUAUCCAUGGCUGCCGGUGGUGCUCGACUGGAGGAGCGGGGAGCUUGCUCGCUACACGGCCAUGCUUGUUCCACACCAGAUGAGCCAGAGGCUUGGCAUCGUCUACAAUCCGGAGGCGCAGGAACUCUUUGCGAUGAGCAAGCUCUUCACGGUUUAUAGCUGGCUCAAGGCGCGGGGUGUCGCCAACCCGCAAGCCAAAACGAACGCGAUGAUGCAAGUGAUUGGCUUUGGCAUCAGUGACGAGCUCUUCAAGCUUGUGGAGGCCAAUCCUCAUCCUUGAAACUGCUGAAAGUUUCGAGACCAUGAGAAACUCUAGUGCGUAAAAGCUGGAGGCAACUCACCGAAUUCGAGGCAGUAGUUUCAGUUUCAAGCAUUACAAUGUUCUUGGUCAGCUGGUUGUGCUUCA